UUAAAGCAGAGGGCAUUUUUGAAAUUACAUUUCUUCUUUGCUUUUAGGGCUGGAAACCGCGAGAGCCUAAUCGGAGACGGAAUCAAGCUUUCGCCGGCGGCGGUUCUUCGGUGCUGGAGACGGAUUCAGCUCGUGGGUUGGGCCUUAACAAUUCUUGGAUAACGUUUUCUGAGGCUACUUAAUUGGAUUAAAGAGGCUGAAAAGCUACGGAAAGAAGAAAAGAAUUAUCGGAUAUGGUAGGUGGUGUACGUAUUCAGCUCAAUAGAUGGCAGCAAGCAGCAGUUGCACUUGGUUCAGCAGUAGGUGCCUUGCUAGAUCCACGGCGAGCAGAUCUAAUAGCAGCUCUUGGGGAGACAACCGGAAAGCCUGCUUUUGAAAGAGUCCUUGAAAGGAUGAAAAAAAGUGCCGAAGGCAGAGCAGUGUUGAUGGAGCGACCACGUGUGUUAUCAUCAGAGGUUGGGCAUGCAUGGGACCUUCCAUCCAACACCUUUGGAGGUGCAUAUGCUAAUUUCAUGGGUUCUAGGAAUUUUUCUCCAGAUGACCGGCCUCCUGUUCGAUUCAUGGAUACUGAGGAACUUGAGUAUGUUGCAAUGAGAGCUCGUGAGGUUCAUGACUUCUGGCACACCCUGUUUGGUCUUCCCACAAACUUGAUCGGUGAGUCAGCACUGAAGGUUAUCGAAUUUGAGCAAAUGCACCUUCCAAUGUGCAUGCUGUCUGUUUUGGGAGGCACAGCAAGAUUCAAUGAGAAACAGAGAAAAUUGUUCUUCCAGCAUUAUUUCCCUUGGUCUAUUCGUGCUGGCAUGCAAUGCACAGAUCUCAUGUGCAUAUAUUAUGAGCGACAUUUCCAUGAGGAUUUGAAUGAUGUUCGGGCGAAAUGGGGAAUAAUUCCUGCACCUCCAUCUUCCCAAGUUUAACAUUUUGCUAGACAAGAAAUCGUGGUCAUAAGAGCCUAGCAGGCUCAUCUCCAUCCAUCUUGAUGGCGUCAUUCAUGGCUGUCGUCUGAAUAUUCUCCCGAUAAGGUACGUAGCUAACAGCCAUGUUUAACUUUAGACUAUCCGGCUUCAUAAAUUUUCAUUGAGCAAAUUUAUUGUCUUGGUGUGCCUUAUUGCCUAUAUUGACCAUGGGAUCGUGAAUGAAAAAUAAGGAAGGAUAUAAUUUAUUUAGAGUUAACCUCUGAUACUAAAAUGUAAAGAAACCCUUUAUCAUUAUCAUUGCAUCUAAGAACCAUGUUGAAAAAA